AUGUCGACUAUAGUCGAAUCACGCCCGCGGGGCAACUACAUCCCCGUCGACUGUCCCGAGUGCAAGUCGCAGCAAGAGUACCUCGUCCCGCCGACGUUCAUCGGCGGCCUUCGCGUGCGCUGCAGCGGCUGCCGGACUAUCUUCACCCACCCGCAACCCAGGCCUGGCACGGCGACGAGCUCGAACGGCGCGUCCUCGGGCUCUGGCACAGCGGCGUCGGGCUGGCCGUCGUCCAACUCCGGCCCGUCCCGCCGUAUCGGCACCGACGCCAACCCCAUCGACAUGGCAUACUAUGACGUCCUCGGGCUGCCAGCGAGCGCGACCACCGAGGAGAUCAAGAAGGCAUACCGCCGCCUGGCUAUCAAGCUGCACCCGGACAAGGGCGCUCGUAGUGCCGGUGUGUGGAGGAAGAGCAAGACGCUGACAGAGCAGAACCGCGACGACCCCGACGCCGAGGAGAAGUUCAAGCAAAUAGCCGUUGCGUACCAGGUGCUCUCUGACGUCGACCUGCGGAAGAAGUAUAACGAGUUUGGGCAGAAGAAUGGCGGCGGCGGCGCCGACGAGGGCCUGCAGGACCCCGAGGAGGUGUUUGGCAAGAUGUUCGGUGGCGACAGGUUUGACGACCUGAUCGGCACGAUCAGCAUUGGAAAGGACAUGAAGGACGUGUUCCAGCAGCAGCACGAGGAGACGCGCGAGGGCGAUGUCAUCAUCGGUCCCAACGGCAAGCCGACGCUCUCGCCCGAGGCCCAGGCGCGCAAGACAGAGCGCGAGCGUCGGAUCCACGACGAAAAGGACCAGGCGCGCCGUGAGCGUGUGGAAAAGCUCACGACCAACCUCGUCCGCAAGCUCAGCAUCUUUACAGAGGCCGCAAAGGGUCCAGACGACCCGCAGGUCGGGCCCUCGUUCAAGGAAAUCUGCCGUCUCGAGGCCGAGGACCUCAAGGAGGAAAACUACGGUGUCGAGCUCCUGCAGGCCAUUGGCAGCACGUACAAGUCACGCUCGGCCCAACACCUGGCCACUGCCCAGUUCGCUCCCCUUGGCUGGUUCCACGGCGCCAAGAACACGUUCAACACUGUCUCUGACACGGUUCCAGCUGACCGCAGUGUGUCGACCCUCCGGUCCGCUCUCGAGCUCAAGGCCGUGUUUGAGAAGCUGCAGGCCGCCGAGCAGUCGGGUGUCUCUCCAGAGGAGCUCCGCAAGCUCGAAGAGCAGGCCGCCGAGCAAGGUCUGCGGACCCUGUGGAAGGGCGCCAAGCUCGAGGUCGAGUCGGUCAUUCGCGAGACAUGCGACAACGUCCUGUCCGACCUGAACGUUUCCCGCGAGAAGCGUGACCUGCGCGCCGCCGCCCUCGGACUCAUGGGAGAGGCCUACUCGUCUGUCCAGAAGGGCGUUGACGGCUCGUCUGAAGAGUUUGUCAGGAUUGAGACUGCCGCGUCCAAGCAGCGUGAUGCCGCCCGCGCCUCGACUGACAAGCCGCGCGCCUCGCCGCCUGCCGCGCCCUCGAGCCAGACCAAAGUCGACGACAACGCGUACCCGAAGGAGAAAGGAGGUGCGAGCCGCCCCGAGCAACCACGGCAACCACCGGUGCCCGAUGAUGACCGGCCCUCGUCGGGCUACUUUGUUCCAGAGCACAAGACCUACGCACCCUAUGAACCGAGACGAAAGCAGUGA